GUGAGCCUGCUAAGUGGGAGGAGUGCUUCACUAGAAGUCGAACCGGAAGAGCUCGUGGAGACCCUCAAAGCACGAGCGGAGAAGACUCUGGCGGUUGGCAAGGGCCGACUGGUGGGCUCCUCUGGAGACAUUCUGGACGGAGCAGCCUCGGUUGAG